GGCCUAAGUGCAAGAAAGCCGACGACGAGGCAAGGAGUGCCGGAGGAGCAGCAGCUUGCGCCCACUAUAGAAAUCCCUCGCCCUCCGUCUCCGCUCCCCCCAAAUCCCCCGAAUUUGACCCGUUUCUCCGCCGAUUCGCGUCACCCCCCCUUUCUGCUCGGGUCGGUGAGUGGUCUCAACCCCCGGAGGGAUGGGGUACCUGAGCACCGUCAUCGGCCACCCCACGGACGGAUCGCCGGUCAGCGGCGGCGGCCUCAGCCAGAAUGGUAAGUUUAGCUAUGGUUAUGCGAGCUCCCUGGGUAAAAGGGCUUCCAUGGAAGACUUCUAUGAGACAAGAAUUGAAAGUGUCGAUGGGCAGCUUAUUGGUUUAUUCGGAGUUUUUGAUGGUCAUGGUGGUGCUAAAGUAGCUGAGUAUGUCAAACACAACCUCUUCAGCCAUCUUCUUAGGCAUCCAAAGUUCAUGAGCGACACAAAAGUGGCUAUAGAUGAUUCUUAUAAAAGUACCGACAGUGAGUUCUUGGAAUCUGACAGUACUCAAAACCAGUGUGGGUCAACAGCAUCAACUGCUGUACUUGUUGGUAAUCGUCUCUUUGUCGCAAAUGUUGGAGACUCCAGGGCUAUCAUAUGCAGGGCAGGAAAUGCUGUACCUGUUUCGAAAGAUCACAAGCCUGAUCAGACAGAUGAGCGGCAACGUAUUGAAGAAGCUGGAGGUUUUGUUAUGUGGGCAGGUACUGUGCACUGCACUCUCUUCAAAUUAUCUGGAUGGGAUAUGAUUGCCUUUCUAAUGAUGGUUUUCUGUUCCACAGGAACAUGGCGUGUUGGUGGUGUACUUGCUGUUUCUCGCGCUUUUGGUGACAAGCUCUUAAAGCAGUAUGUAGUUGUGGAUCCAGAGAUCCGGGAGGAAAUCGUUGACGAGUCCCUGGAGUUUCUCAUCCUUGCAAGCGAUGGGCUGUGGGAUGUGGUCUCUAACGAGGAGGCUGUCGAUAUGACCCGGUCAAUACAAGACCCAGAGGAAGCUGCUAAGAGGCUCUUGCAGGAGGCCUACAAGCGGGAGAGCAGUGACAACAUAACCUGCGUCGUCGUGCGCUUCUUUCACGGGCAAGGGAGUAGUGGGCCUGCUUAAAGCAGGUGCGAAGAGUUACUCUCAACUUCUCAAGUCGACGUUGUACUGUGAUGACACGCGUACAUGCCUUGAUUGAUUCUUAAGGUUUAAACGAAGAGAAACUGGAAGUAGGAAAAGUGUACUCUGAUAUGAGAACAAAAGUUUAGGAACGAAGUGUGCCCUAGGCCUUAGAUUUAACAAUAAAUUUGCUGGUGAUGAACUGAUGACCGUUCAUCGUGGUUUAGUUGUGGAUGGUGUUGGGUCUGAUGAGUGUGUUGUAUCUUGUUGUGGAUUGCCAAACCAUGUGUGAGUGUGAUGUAAGCGAUUAUUGUUGUACUGAAAUUGAGCAAUGACAAGUAUAAUUGAGUUGUUGGAUGGAUCUUAA